AUGGAAGAGGAAUUAAUUAUUUUAUAUAUAUUGCAAAAAAAACGCGAAAAUGAAGCGAAAAACAUGCGUAGACGGAUUCUGGCAAGUUUACGCAGCAGGGAAGACCCAUUCCUUCUGGAAGAAGACGUUUUCAGGAGGUUUUUAAGAUUCCCGAAAUCCUUCUGCUGGGAGCUUAUUCAAGAUCUCAAACCACUUGACAAGUUUGAGCGGAGUUCGAGAAUUCCAUUUGAACUUCGGUUUGUUUCAGUACUAUAUUUUCUGGCAAAUGGCUCCUACCAAAGCGUUAUUGGAAACUGCCACUUCUCGGCAAUGAGUCAACCAAGCGUGUCGAGAUGUAUUGAGCAAAUUUGCAAGAUGGUAGUGGAACACAAACACUUUGAAAUUAGUUUUCCCAAUGAGGCGGAGCAUUACAACAGCAUAAAGAGGGGCUUCCAUAACAAAUUCGGAAUAAAAGGCGUCAUAGGUGCUAUUGACUGCACACAUAUUGCAAUACUUUCCCCGCAAUCUUUAAUUGCUGGAGUAGUACCUCAUGAGUAUAUGAAUCGCAAGGGAUACUACAGCAUUAAUGUUGAAGCCGUUUGCAACGACGAACUAAUUUUUCAAAACGUCAAUGCACGAUUCCCGGGAUCUUGUCAUGACGCCGGUAUAUGGACAACUUCGCCGGUGAGAAUCAAACUCAUCAGGGAACACAUUGUGGAUUAG